AUGGCGUUAUCUCAGAUAGUCGAGAUCCUUCCAGGAGACUUUGAUGACAUCGAAGCAACAAGCGUCUCUAUCAGUGAUGUGAAGCAUCUGUCUUCAUAUAAUUGGAUUAGUGCACGAAGUCCGACUAUUGCCGUCCCAGGCACUCCAGCUCGUUGGUCUCCCCCAAGAGGCCCGCAGCAAGUCAAGAUGGACUCAGGGGUCUAUUUUAUUGCCGAGAACGCCAUUCGUAACCCGAAAAGCCCCGUUGAGCCUUUGUUUCGGGCGCUUUACUUCGAAAAUCCCUCCUUUGAUAUUCGUUCAAUCGACAUUGUCACCGACCGGAACUGCAUCCGACAACUACUUUCGUUUAUAAAUCCCAGUCUAGAGAAAGGUCAACACUUCACGCUGCACGCUGAAGUAGUCAAUAAUACGAUGAUCCUCUGUCGUACGGAGAAACAAAAACGUCAGUUCAUCAAGCCUGGCGAGAAGAGCGGUUUCGGGCACAAUUUCGAGAAAAAGUACACGACUCAUCGAGUCAAGGGAAGCACCAGUCACCACAGAAUCAUCUCUUAUAGCUUUGGGGCUCUGAAAUUCCUGAUUCGCCAUGAAACAGAUGGAUACGUUGCCACUGAUAAAGCGGGGUAUUCGAACACUGUCAAUCAAUCAACAUCUGACAGCCUUACAGGCAAGAUGAAAUCUGUAUCUUUAUCCCAGUCUGACGUUUCUCUUCAUACCACUCCUGCAGGGUGCAAAUUGUCCAUCAGAAAAGAUGGCAAAGCGGUGCCGUUAGCAUCCACCCUCGAGAUAAAAACACGAACUAUCAAAAGACCUCUUCGAAUGAAAGAUGUUGCAGCGCAAUUGUGGAUUUCGCAAACACCCAAACUUGUGCGAGCAUACCAUACUGAGGGAAAUUUCCAGCCACCCGAGGUAGAGGAUGUGACAUCUGAAGUAAAGAGCUGGGAAGAACUUCAUCAAGUCGAUUUGAGGAAGCUGGCUCCAUUAAUCCAAAAGAUCAUUGAAAUUACAAAGGAGUGUGGUGGGACUGCCGUAAUUAAACGACAGCCCCAAAGCAAGAAAUUGACCAUUGAAAAGGCACACAGAGACAGAAUGCUACCUAUGGAUCUGUAUGAUAAGUGGAAUGAAAAGAAGCCAGAACUUUAG